GAAGGGAGCGGCGGGAGACGGUGCCAUGCCGGACGCACAACGAAAAGUCGUACGGAAAAAUGUAGUUUUCCUCCUUCCUCGGCGCACUUUAUACACGCAUCGUCAGCGUAGAGGAAGCAACGAAGAACGCCUUCGCUGUUUAUGGUCCGUAAAUAGUAUUUCGUGGAUCGUGCUACAACGUGGUUCUCGAAUGUGGAACAGUUUCAGUCCUUUCUUCAUGCUUGGCUUGAAUUUGAGACAGUGCCAUCCAGAUAUUUAGUUUCACGCUUUGAUUAGCAACAACUAAAAUGAAGUAAACAGUUAAGUUAAGGUGCUGUAGUGAUCCGGGCAGUGCAAACGAAAAAGGAUACAAUAACCUCCCGGUGCAGAUCCUGUGUUGGGCAAACGAGCAAAGUUUGGAAAUAAGUUCGCAUCUCAACCCGUAGUGCAGUAGACCACCAAUGGAUAAGUGCGGUGGAAGCAGUUUUGUCCAACAGACAACAAAUAGGAUGCAAAGUCAACCGACCAAAUUAACAGAAAGGACACAGUGCUUUCGGUGGUGGUCGAUUGUAGUGCUCUGCUUGAUAUCCGGCUCGUUGGUGCACCUGUCCGAAGCAGGCUUUGCCUGUCUCAGCAACCCAUGCGUGUAUGGUGUGUGCAUCGACGAUCUAAAUAGCACAUACUCUUGCUAUUGCAUCGAUGGAUACACCGGUGUGCAUUGUCAGACGAACUGGGAUGAAUGUUGGUCGGACCCAUGCCUCAAUGGGGGCACCUGUAUCGAUGGUGUCGCUUCCUACAACUGCACCUGUCCUGAUGGUUUCCUAGGAUUAAACUGUGAAGAAAAUUUCAACGAAUGUCAGUCCAAUCCCUGCCAGAACGGUGGCCUCUGCAACGAUAAGGACAAUGCCUUCUACUGUACUUGUGCGCUGGGUUACGAGGGAGAGUUCUGUGAGCUGGACAUAGCGGUGUGUGAGACGGGCGAUCGGUGCCACAACGGGGCCGCCUGCAUCGAGGGCCCUGGGCUGGAGUUCUCCUGCCGUUGCACCGAGGGCUACGAAGGCCGGCUGUGUGAUGCCGAGAUCAAUGAGUGUGCCUCAUCGCCCUGCCUGAAUGGUGCAAUCUGCAUCGACAAGUUUGCCUCGUACGUGUGCGCUUGUCCGAUGGGCUUCGGUGGUACGAACUGUGAGGAAGAGAUCAUGGUUUGCGCCAGCUCACCGUGCGCUAACCAGGCGUUGUGUUUGAUAGAGGAAGAUGCUCCGACCUGCUACUGUGUGCCGGACUUUCACGGAGAGCGCUGCGAGCUGCAGUACGACGAAUGUCAGCUAGGCGGCCCGGAGCCCCGCUGUGUCAAUGGUGCCACGUGCAUCGACGGCGUGGAUGAGUAUUUCUGCACCUGUGCGCCAAACUUUACCGGAGAAAAUUGCGAGUGUCUCAUCUACGAAGCGGACGGUCAAAUUGAGAUGGACUGCAAUUACACGGCACCGUUCAGCAGUACCACCUUCCGGAGCGAGGAAACGACCGACACAUCGUUCUUCGCGACUACCCUGGAGUCUUUUCCAUUUUCUACGGACAACGUGUGGAGAACAACUGACGACGUGUCGUCGGAAAGCAGUACGAGUUUUCCACAAUUUCCACAAACAAUCGCAACUUCCCUAUCUGGCGACUAUACGGAACCUUCAACCGAUGUGACGUACAACAGAACGCCACCAGUUUCGGAUGGGAGCUUCCCAGCGAUAACAACUGCUCAAGUACCUUCAGGCUAUCCAGCUCCCUCAGGAAGUGAUGAGUAUGGCACCUCUCCCAUCAGUGAAAGUGUUACCGAUAGCUCUGUGAUACCAUCAUCAGACCAUGGCCAACCAGUAUCAACCAAAUCUACGGCAGAAACAGAUGCUACGAUUACUCCAACCAUUACAAUACCCGAGACCGCUGGAACAGCGGUUACUGUAGAGGAAAAGUCUUCUGUCGUGCCUGAUAACCAAGAUAGCACGGUAGACGUUUCGGCAAGCGUAGACUACACCACGUCAAAACCCUCCUCUAAACUUCCAACCGCCGAUGACGAUUCUACACCUUCCGAACAGGCAACGACGCCUUUUACGGACACUCUUUUUACCACAUCGGAUGUUCCCCGGGUUUCCACACUCACACCCGAGCUGAGCUCGUUCUUCACCGAAUCUCCGACAAAUCGAUCGGUUCCACCAUUCCAAGGUGAGGAUCAAGUAACGGGCACACCUACGAUCACGACCAGCGGGGGAGCUAGCACACAUCAAACUACAUCCGGUACCACAUUGAUUCCUUCUGGCGAAAGUGGAACCACUGCUACCUCGGGUACUAUCGCUCCACCCGCAACGACACGCUCGCCGGACGUGAUCCAGGAGUGUGACGAUACCGUAUGUGCUAAUGGCGGUACUUGUGCAAUGACUCCGAACGGUAUUCGCUGUCAUUGCGAUUUCCGUUACGCAGGACCAUUCUGCGACGUCCCCGUGAGCAUACAAAACGCAGCAUUCUCCAAAGAAUCCUUCCUACGGCAUAUCAUUUACCGGCGUAAUGGUUCGAUCGACCCUAGUAGUAUGUCAAGUGUGAUUCCAUCGGUGGAAACACAGCUGGCACAGCUAGCGUCCAUGGCGGUACGGUUUAAGGCCAAGCUAACGUCGCGCGAAGGAUUGAUCCUUUUGGCAACGGCCGAAGGCGACGAAGGCAACCACUAUGUGGCACUGUUUCUGCACAAGGGUUUGCUACAGUUUCAGUUCUCCUGCGGGUUGCAAACGAUGCUGCUGAGCGAAAUCGAAGGCACAGUCAACAAUGGCUAUGAGCUGAACGUUAAAGUGCAAUUAAACUUCAAUGAACGCUACAGUCAUUGCAACGCCUCGCUGCAUGUGAACGAAACGUUGGCGAUGAGCGGCGAACAGCCGACCUGGCUGGGGAAUGUCUACAACAGCGCGAGAGAGCAGACGGGACAGGAAGGUGGUCCCGGUAGAAUGGCAGCAUUAGCUUCCAUCAAGCAGAGCUGGCUUCAUCUGGGCGGCCGUCCCAUCAAAACGAUGUACACCCUCAGUCACAACAUUUCACGCUAUCACGGAUUUACCGGAUGUGUUUACGAGCUUGAAAUUAAUGACGCUCCAGUGGCCGUCUUUGAUAACGCUGAAGAUGCGUACAAGAUUUACGAAUGCACCUCGCUGGCCUGUCUCUCCAGCCCCUGCCGCAACGGAGCGGUAUGUGUGGAGGCCGACGGGUACGGUUUAACGGGACGUUACGCACCCAGCACUACUACUACUAGUGCUAGCAGUUCCUGGAGCUGCAAGUGCACCUUCGGCUACAUGGGGAAAACUUGCGAACGUUCCGUGUGUGAUAACAACCCGUGCAGGUUCGGUGGCACGUGCGUUACGUUUCCCGAGAGUGGUUACCUUUGCCUGUGCCCGUACGGCAAGCAUGGCCAUUUUUGUGAGCAUGAUUUAGACAUCCUGCAGCCAUCGUUCUUCGGCAGCAUCAAGGGCAUUUCCUCGUACGUUGCGUACCCAAUCGCAUUCCCGCUGGAGGAUCGGUUUGAGUUUAGCUUUAAAAUCAUUCCUACUACGACGGCACAGAUUUCGCUACUUGCAUUUAUCGGUCAACCUUAUGAUCACCACGAUCAGAGUGAUCAUUUCUCUGUUAGCUUCAUACAAGGUUUCAUUCUCGUGACGUGGAAUUUGGGCAGCGGUCCGAGAAGGAUAUUUACCCAGCAACCGAUCCAGGUACAGCCGACCCGACCCACUACGAUUCAUACGGGCAGAAAUGGACGCACCGCUUGGCUGUCGAUCGACGGAAAGGUGAACAUUUCCGGCAACUCGCCGGGAAGCAGUCGAAAGCUUAAUGUAUCACCCCAGCUGUACAUCGGUGGCCACGAGGGUGUCAACUUUUCCAGCCUACCGCACGAUUUGCCGCUCCACUCAGGCUUCCAGGGCUGCCUGUUCGACAUACGGCUGGUGGCUGGUCCAGUGCACAUACCGCUGCAACAUAUCGGAGGCAUGCGUGGCCGAAGCGUGGGCCAGUGCGGUACGAAAGAGUGCCAUCGGCACGCGUGCCAAAACAAUGGCGCCUGUCUGCAGCAUGGGUCGACGUUCACGUGCAUCUGCCAGGAGGACUGGAAUGGGAUCCUGUGCUCGCAGAAGGUCAAUCCGUGCGAUGAAAGCGUAAGCAAGUGUGCGGCGGGUUCGAUAUGUUUCCCGCUCGUGUCGGGUUACGAGUGCGAUUGUCCCUUCGGAAGGGUGGGCAAACGAUGCGAGUCGAACCUGAAGCACCUGAGUGACGUUUCGUUCUCGGGUCGUCGGUCAUAUCUAGCGCUACGAUGGCCCGCCAGCGAUACCAUCGACUGGACUGCCUCGUACCGCCAGAACGAGGUGCGGUACGAGAAGAUUGUACAGCAUUCGCACAUCAUUCCCCACAAUCAUUCCAUUUUGCUCAAGUCGAUCCGCGAGCUGGACAAGAUCAAUGAUGUGCUGAAGGUGCUGCCCGAAUCGAACGACACCGAGCUGUACACCGGCCAUGCGGUGAUGCCACGCUCCGAAAGCUACCGCCAGUUGCGCAUCAGGCAGCUGGCCAUCGAGCUGCAGGUGCGUCCGCUCUCGGAAAAGGGGCUCAUUCUCUUCGUGCGGACGUUCGACUCCAACGCACAGGCGCAGGGCUUUAUCAGCAUCAGCUUGCAGGGAGGCGUGGUGGAGUACCGCGUCUCCGCGACCAGAACGCAAACGGCCGUGGUGCGGAGCAACCACGUGCUGGCUACCGGCGAGUGGCACUUUAUUCGGGUGGCCAAAUAUGGCAAACGGCUUACGCUGUGGGUGGAGGGCAAGAGCACCUCCAUUAUCGGAUCGGUCCGGGAGGAGUACGUGAGCCUCACGCAAGACCUUUACCUCGGCGGCUUGCCGGACCUUUCCGCGCUACCGUAUGACGCAAUUUCCGGCUAUCCGGUAUCGUUCCGGGGUUGCAUCCGGAACGUAAACCUGAACGGGACACGCAUCACGCUCAACGAAAGCUCGAUAGUGGCUUCGCGCAACAUCAACGAUUGCGAUGGUACGCCGUGCGGUGGAGAUAUAUGUGCCGGCGGCGGUCUCUGCUAUCUGGACGAACAUUCGCAACCACGGUGCCGCUGUCCCGAGCACUCCAAGGGUGUCAACUGCGAGAUACAGGAGUCCUGCGACAUAGUGCAGUGCCGCAACAGUGGACAGUGCUUGAAAAAUGGACGGUGCAGCUGUGGGGUAGGCUGGACGGGGCACUAUUGCGAGAUUGCGACGACCAAGUACUCGUCGCUUGGGUUUAACGAUCGUAGCUAUAUCCUGAUCCCAUCGCAAAAGAUCAAAAUGAAGGACAAACGCAACGAUGACAGUGUAAGCGUGCUGGGGAAAUUGCCGUUGGAGUUGCAGCUUUCCUUCAACAUUUCCACGCUAGAGGAUGGUGUGCUGGUGUGGACAACGGACGAAACGGGCCGGUUCCUUGGUAUCGGCAUUCGGGACGGCUUGCUGGUCGUCGUUAGCAAUAUGCUGGAAGAGGUGCUACACGAACCCUCCGCCGGAGCGGAUUCAGCCGCGUUCUGGAAAGCCUUUGUGGCCGACGGUGAUUGGCAUAAUGUGCUGCUGGAAACAAAAGCACACCAGCUGCACAUAUUUGUGGACGGGGCGGAACUGCUCGCCGGCAAACUUGCACCAAAUCUGCAAAAUCCUCAGGCAAUCGAGAAGCACAUUUUCACCGACGGAAUAACAUACCUAGGAGGAUUCCCGGACGAAGACGUGUACAACCGCACGGUAGGAAAUUUUGCUUCCUCUUUCAAAGGGUGCAUUCAGCAUAUUCUGCUUGGAAAUCAGCUGGACGAGCUCGACUACACCGACUACGACGGAGCUAAUAUCGACGAGUGUGCAGUGUAGGCGACGCUUUCGCUGUGAUGCAUCUUUCUGUCGUGUAGUUUAAUUCAUUCCGACUAGCCCCGCUCGUAAGACACUUUUGUGUAGUUUAAUAUAUUACCU